AUGCCUCCUCUCAUUACUGCUAACCUUAAAGUUCGUUUCGGAGGCAACGAACCGCAAUACAUACAAGUCUCGCCUCCUCUGUGGGACCAGCUCACUGCCAACUCCAAUGGCAAUGGCGAUGGCAUUGACACAUUGGCUGUUUCCGUUACCAUUCCUUCGCUGACAAGCAAGGUCCCUCUCGCUACCACCGACCAGUGUCAACCCAGUCUCCAGUCCGUCAUUGUUCAUGCUCGUCCAGCUACGGAUGGCCAUAAAAAGCAUGCCGUCGUCUAUAUGAAUACCCAUUUGAUCAAGUCUGUCUACGGUCAGGAUGCGCUCACUCGACUGGUGGAAGAAGAGGACGAAGACGAUGAGGUGACCGACGAGAAGCAGGAGGACGAUUUGAACGAAAUGAUGCCUUGCGAAAUCAAAAGCGUUGACCUUAUUCAGUUGGAUGAAUUGAUUGUGGGCGCAAUGAAUGAAAAAUCGUAUGAAUUUGCACAAAAAGAUGAGCAGGGAUUGGCGCGUUUAUUCACUUCGAGUCCGCAACCGCUCAUUAUUCGCAGUGGAGCCACUUAUACCUUUGAUGAACUUCGUUUCCGAGUGCUCAUGACAAAUCCUGUGCAACAAGGCUUCAUCAUGUCCACUGAACAUACAAAAAUCUUUGUGGUCGAUACCAUCUCUUCCGAGGACCAGGAACCCUCCACCGCAUCGUUAUCUGACUCUCAAACCCAUUUCGGUACCACUUCCUUCUCCAUGCUUAGCUCGCCCAUCACGCCGGAAGUCAUUGAGCCCCAAGAAUUCACGGCUCGCAUUCUCCAAAAAGCAUGGCCUGAAACUCGAUUGGCACCCGUACCUCCACGUAAACAAGAUGACGAGACUCGUGUAUUUGUGGAUGUCAGUUGUCUGGCAAAAUGCGGCGUGUUCAGCGGUGACUGGGUGCUCAUCAGUGCAGACAACGUCAAGAAAUCCAGAUUAUGUCGAAUCUAUGGCAUUGAUCUACCGGACGACACCGACUCGAUGAUCUAUCUCCCUCCUGUUCUUUAUUUUAAUCUCGAUUUGCCGUUACCACCUGCCUCUGUUUCGGAUGUCAAGGUAAAUAUUACCCGCCUGGCCACGCCACCCCCGGUGGAGGGUCCUCCGCGUGCGAGUGCGCUCAACGUGGCCCGCAUUGCUUCCCCCGUGUCCAUGGAUAAAUCGCUUCAAAAUGCGGUUCUCGAUGCGCUGAGAACAUGGUUUGAGGAAAAGGACAGAAUCCUGUGCAAGAACGACAUCAUUGCAGUAACCCUGGAUAGAGAAGCCGCGCGUUUAAGACCUCACGAAACCGAAGAUGAAUCGGUGGCACUGAAAACCGGUCCACCUACUACGCUGGCGUACUUUAAAGUAACGAAUCUGGAAGACGAGGCCACCUCCGAAUCGGCGGACAUUCAUCCUGCUUACUAUGGCGCAGGACGUCGUAUUGUACCGAGCUACACAAAGAUGGUUCAAACCGGUGUUGAACAUUCUCGUGUUCCUGUCGGUACCAUUUCGCAGUACUAUGAACUUGCCCACCAACUGCCGCUGGGUCGGCCCCAGACGGCGGCUUACGCGCAACUUCAUGAAUUGGUGUCUUCAUCGCUUCAUCCCCUUGGUCGCGAUUUCGAGCUUUCAUGCAAUGUGCUGCUGCACGGUCCCCGAGGCGGCGGCAAAGCCACCUUGGUACACACCAUCGCAGAAGAACUCGGGGUUCACGUCUUUGAAUUUACCGCCUAUGACGUGGUCUCGGAAACCGAUGCAAAGACUGAAGUUCAUUUGCGAGCCAAAUUUGAGAAAGCGGCCGCUUUGGCACCUUGUAUUGUGCUGCUGCGCGGCAUUGAAGGAUUGGCCAAAAAGAGUGCCGUGGUGGAAACCGGUCAAGAGCCUUUACUCGCAACGGUACUCCAAGAAUGUAUCAAAGACGUGAAUGCCACCCAAGUAUCAACAGGCUAUCCUGUCAUGGUAGCCGCUACCACCGGCGAUAUUGAAAGUCUACCCUCCAGCAUCUUGGCCUGUUUCCGUCACGAGAUUACCAUCGAAGCGCCUGAUGAAAAGACACGUUUGCAAAUUUUGAAGAAUCUCACGCAAGGCUGUCCAAUUGCUCCCGAUGUGUCAUUAUCGAAUUUGGCGACCCAGACGGCGGCAUUACUAGGAAAGGAUCUUGUGGAUCUGGUCGCCCGCACCGGUGUGUUGGCCUUGCAACGUAUCAAUCGAAGCAUUCACGGAAAGCAGGACGCAGAAGAUGAGCAGGAUGGAGCGGGUUCCUCCACGUCCUCAUCAUCGAUCCAUGCGACGGUGACGACGAGUGAUAUUAAAGCGGCUGGUAUCACCUUGACGGCUGCCGAUUUUGAUGCGGCUUUGAACGAAGCGCGUGCCAGUUACUCUGACUCGAUCGGUGCGCCCAAGAUUCCAAACGUGACCUGGGACGAUGUGGGUGGUUUGGCCCAUGUCAAAGACGAUAUUUUGGAUACGAUUCAACUGCCAUUAGAACAUCCGGAAUUAUUUGGAGCUGGUCUCAAGAAACGCAGUGGUAUUCUUUUGUAUGGUCCUCCCGGUACGGGCAAAACACUUUUGGCCAAGGCCAUUGCCACCUCUUGCUCUUUGAAUUUCUUCUCUGUCAAGGGCCCGGAAUUGCUCAACAUGUAUAUCGGUGAAUCCGAAGCCAACGUUCGACGUGUGUUCCAGCGAGCCCGCGACGCCAAACCGUGUGUCAUCUUUUUCGACGAAUUGGAUUCCGUGGCGCCCAAACGCGGUGAAAAGGGCGACUCUGGCGGCGUCAUGGAUCGUAUUGUCAGUCAGUUGUUGGCCGAAUUGGAUGGUAUGAGUGAAGGCGGCGAAGGGUCCGGGGUCGGCGAUGUGUUUAUUGUCGGUGCUACAAAUCGACCCGAUUUGCUGGAUCCGGCUUUAUUACGUCCAGGAAGAUUUGACAAGUUGUUAUACCUUGGUGUGAGCGAAGAUCACGAGUCCCAACUAAGAAUUAUUCAGGCGCUGACACGAAAGUUCCGUCUUCAUCCCGAACUGGAUCUUGCUCGUGUAGCUGAACGGUGUCCGUUCCAUUACACCGGUGCUGAUUUCUAUGCGUUAUGUUCCGACGCGAUGCUCAAGGCCAUGGUCCGUGUGGCGGAUUCGAUCGAGACCAAGGUGCAAAAGCUCAAUGAAGAAAACCGAAGCGAUCUUCCACAGCCUGUUACGGUUCAGUACUUUUUGUCGCAUCUGGUCUCUCCAGAAGAUAUCGUGGUACAGGUAGAAGAAGUGGAUUUCGUCAAAGCAUUGGAUGAAUUAGUGCCCAGUGUUUCCGCCACCGAAUUAGCCCAUUAUCAGCGUGUACGAGAAAAGUUUGAACAGGUGAAAGAUGAUGAAGAGCAGGACCAAGAGGAGGAUGCCAUUCAACAAGCGCAACGAGAAGAAGAAAAAGAGCGACAAAGAAUAGAGGCUCAAAUCGCUGCGAAAAUCCAAGCAAUAGAAGCGGCCAAGGCGCCAUCCAAAUCCACCGCAGCUCCCAAGAAGAAAGAUAAAGGAAAAGGAAAGGCACGAGCUUAG